GUGGUCAAACCCUAAAGGGUGGGUCUGACUAUGUAAAUCUGCAUCAAAAGGAAACCAUCAUGUUGGGGGGUCUUCAUCUGAUUGGACGCUUUUGUUUUUUCAAAUCGAGGUGUCAGUUGCUUUACAGGCACCAGUGGGUCUCUGGGGGAGCAGACAUCUUUUACAGUAACACGUAUCAGUGCAUGGGCUGUUGAAACUGUUGGUGUAAUGGAGUAAAAAUAUAAGGAAAAUGGAACAAACCUGUCAGAGGCUGGAUAAAGUCAGCAGACUGAGGGAUGAAGUGAGCUGCAUGUUGGUAGGUGAUGGAGCUGUGGGGAAGACCAGCAUGAUUAUCAGCUACAUCUUCAAUGGAUACAACAGCGAGUACAGGCAAACAGCUUUUGAUGUUUUCACUGGCCUAGUGCAUGUAAAUGGAGUUCCAACUCGUAUCAAACUUAUUGAUACUGCUGGACAGGAGGAGUUUGGUCAUCUCCGCUCCCUGUGCUAUGCCCAUGUGGAUGUCUUCAUCCUCUGCUUCAGCCUCGUCAACCCUGUGUCCUUUGACAAUAUUACCUCUAAGUGGAUACCACAGAUCCGAGCUCGCAACUUGACCUCUCCCAUCGUUCUGGUCGGGACUCAGUCAGACCUUUGUCAUGAUGUGGAUGUCCUUAUUCAUCUGGACCAGAGGAACUCCAGACCAGUGCAUCUGAGGCAGGCCAGAAGGCUGGCAAAGCGGAUCAGAGCUCAUGACUACAUGGAGUGUUCAGCUCUGACACAGCACAACCUCAAAGAUGUGUUCGACUGUGCUAUUUCUGCUGCUAUGAAGCAGAAACACACUGGCACCAAAUCCAAAAAGCUCAGUCUGUUUAAACGUUUAAAGACCUUUUCUUACUGUGGAUGGAGAAAAGUUUUCCAAUUUAUCUGAAAUGGGAUCUGUGAAUGGACUGAAUGUAAUCUACUCAGCAGAUUUCCAACUCUAUUAACUAUGCAUUUAUAUGAAUAUAUUCCUCUGCAGAAUGUGAGUUUUGCACUAAACCAAAACGAAUGGGGAUCAAAUGUGACACUCUUUCCCCAUAAUUCACUGCAUUCAGAGUAUAUUCCUCU